AUGUCAUCCAGCGCCACCUCCAUUCAGCCCACAAGCAAACUCCCUCCGUCGUCGAAUUCGUCCAGUUUCUCACUCGCUCCUCCCGAUAACUCCUUCUCCAAGCGUUCCAACAGCUCAGGGAGUUCCGGCGCAGCUGUUGCAACGCGUCAGACUCCGCAGGCGCGCGGGAACCAAUUGUUAAAGAAGCAGCACAAGCAACAGAGGAAACCGCGUCUCGUCGAUGAGGAUGUCCUGCAUGAGACUCACGCCAUGAAGUCUAUCAACUCACGCAAGGGUCAGACCUCCAUCACCCACCUGAUGAACUUUUCCCUGCCUCCCCGCCCUCAGCACCACUAUCAGCAUCACUUCAAUCAUCGACAUCAGAGACGCAAUCCUACCUGGGGCCUUGGCUCCGGCUAUCAUGCUGUUGACAAAGCCCGCUAUGUCCAUGCGAACUAUCGUUUCGUCGUCCGUCCUGACCGAGAAUACCACGCUCAGACAGUCGACGCAGAUGUCUACGUCAGUUGGGAUGCCGUCUUGCAAGUGCUGGCUUCGGCCGAGACUCAAGAUGCUAGUUGUCCAAUCUGCCUGUCCGCUCCAGUCGCUCCACGCAUGGCCAAAUGCGGCCACAUCUUCUGUCUACCAUGCCUUAUCCGCUAUAUGCAUUCUACGGACGAAUUGAAUCCUGUUCCCGAAAAGCGGCCGAGGUGGAAAAAAUGCCCAAUCUGCGAGGAUAGUAUCUACAUAUCUGACGCAAGACCGGUCAGAUGGAUCCAGGGCAACGAUGUCAGCAUGCUGAGAGAAGGUGGUGACAUCCUUCUGAGGCUGCUAAAGCGUGAGCCUGGUACCACACUGGCAUUGCCCAGAGACACCGCCGAGAGCACCAAUCGCUCUGAGGACAUCCCCUGGGUCAAUGUGGCUGGGAUGAUGGAGUACGCUCGUUUCAUGAAAGGUGGUGAACAGUAUAUGGAAGCUCAGCAUGACCAGGAGAUUGCAGACCUCGACACUCAAGAAAAGGAGGAUGAACUGAUGUUUGGCGAUGAUAACACUUGGACCCGGAAAGCUGUCCUGGCUAUCGAAGAUGCCAAACAGAAGUUGUCCGGCUUGGGUAAUCCUCCUGCGGCAGUGCCAACCUCUUCUACAAAGCAACCAGAAAUCCCGGAGUCGUGGGAUUCGGCCGAACACGACGCCUCUAACUUGACUUCAGCCGUCAAGUUAAUGACUCUUGAUCAAGGCGUCACAGCCACCAAACCUGCAUCAGCACCCUCGAAACAUGCCCAAGGGCCUCAUCGACCAUCGUCUCACCCGUUCUAUUUCUACCAUGCAUUACCAAACUUCUUUCUUUCACCCUUAGACAUUCGGAUUCUGAAGGCUGCUUUUGGCGACUUUUCCGCGUUUCCUUCGACCAUCCUUCCACGGGUAGAGCAUAUAUCAACAGGGCAUAUCAUAGAUGACGACCUGCGCAAAAGGGCCAAGUACAUGGCUCACUUACCAUAUGGCUGCGAGGUGACAUUUCUGGAAUGUGACUGGACAGAUGUCAUCAGCCCAGUCAUUCUAGAGCAGUUUCAGGACGACAUUACCAAGCGACGAAAGAGGAACCUGGAAAAGGAAGCAAGAGAAGAGAGAGAUAGAAUCCGGGCCGAAAAGGAAGAGGAAGAUAAGAGAUGGGCGGCCGCCCGACGGCCGCGGAGGCCAAGUUCUGUGCCCAAGAGUUUUACCGAGUCAGAUUUCCAACCGUUGGUCGAAUCAGCCGCUCAGACCAGCUCUUCGCCAGGCGAAUCCGGUCUAGCGACCACACCGCCAUGGGGCAACAUUCGGGCUCAGUCUGCGUUUGCGACAUUGGCCACGCCAGGUACUAGUCCUGACGCGCCUCGGACAGUCUGGGGUACAGCGGCAGUCGCACCAACCUCCCCGCCGUUGCUCUCAGCGCCUGAACCUGUCAGCGCACAAGUAGACGACGGCUGGUUGCAAGGAUGGGAGCAAGAUUUACUUGACGAGGGCGAUGCAGUGGCUAUGGUCGAGGCUUCUUUGAACAACGGUGGCUCACGCUCUGGCGGUGGAGGCCCUUCAACGAAGAAAGGAAAAAAGAAGAAAAUCACACUUAUGUCGACGGGCAAUCGACGUGGGGCUUAG